AUGUCUCUGGGAGCAUCUACCCCUGUGCUUUCCUACAAAAAGCGUACUCAGCGACAAGAUGGCAAGAACACUGGUCAAGAUCCUAAUCUAGGGUCCAGGCUGCCACGUAUUAGCACUCAGUCAAUCUCCAGUUCUGCACCAGAAUCACCAUCAGCCCCUAGCACGCCUACUCUAGGGAGCUCUAGAAAAGUGUCAUCCAGAAGAAAAGCAUUGCAAGAUUUCUACAAGCUUCAUCAGGAGAAAGCCGAGGGCACUCACGAAGCACCUGCCACUCCUUCUGAGCCUAAAGAGGAAGACGAAAAGACAACAGAAGAAGCCACACUGGCAGAGGAUCUCGAUGAUCCGUCUAAUAUUGAAGAAUUUAUCAAGACAGCAUCCGCUUCACAACUCCUCAAAGUUCGCAACAAAGCCAGUGGGAAGCUUAACUUCCACGACUCCGAGAAGAAGUCCAUCAUCUACGACAACUACUAUGAACUUAUCAAACUCAAUCAGGUGCUCAGUGAUUUGAGUGGGAAAGAAAGAAAAAAGCCCGUUUUGGAUGAGGAGCAAAAGGAUGUUGUGACGGAUGAGCACUUGCAAGAAACCAUGGAUGAACUCACGGCAUUUUUGAACGACAAGGCUUCUAUAUUCAACCAAGACUUCACCCUGGUGGUGAACAGCUUCAGCACAGAGUCCAGGCGCUCCGAUUCACUUGCCAGCAUUCAGGCGAUCAAGGAGACCGAUUAA